AUGAACCGUGCAGCGCUACUUUCCUUUGGUCCCUCGAAAAGACCGUUUCUCGAUCGCGUGGCGGCGUCUCCCACCCUAAAUAGUCUUUGGCAAAACCAAAGCUGCGAGAAUCACCAGAUAAACUGCGCAGAAACCCUUCCUUUACCAAUCCGGACAAAGAAACAAAUUCGGGCCGAUGUGGCUGAGGCAAACAAGGGCUCAUUUUCAGCAUCUAUCACUGCAAAGCUGGCCAUUGCCUACGGAAAGGAACUAGCUGGAUUUUACAAGCAUGGCGUAAUGACAGUGUGGCGGAACCAGAUGCGAGUGCGUCAGCUCAGAAGAAAAGACUAUAAAUUGGGAGGCUAUUUGGAUAGAAAGGGCGUGGAGACGGAAAUAGCGGUCCCUUCCUUUCCAGAACUAACCAAAGCUAUGGCACAACUGGUGUACAUACGGGCGAUGGAGAACAAAGCAUACGCAGACUCAAAGGCUGGCGAAUUGGUGCGUAGAGAUCUGGCACUGACGGCCCCUCUGCUGGUUCUCUAUACCAUGACUCGGGCAGAGUACCAGCUUCUUCGAAGAACACCAGCGGACUUUGUGCGGCUUCCGCUUUUUGCAGUGAUUGCCACCAUUUUCAUGGAGCUGACACCAAUCUUCUGCUAUGCGUUUCCUGAAGUGACCCCGCUGACAUGCAUUCUUCCGUCUCUUUUGCCUAAGAUCUGGAGACCGCAAGCACGCCAGUCAUUGAAGAAAGCCGUCACUGAGUCCAUCAAAAGGGAUUCUGUGGAUGACUUCGCCAUGCGUACCGCAUACAAUCUUCCCUCCAAAGUGCUCCAAGCAUUGGCGCUGUGUCUCCGGUUGAAAACAAAGUACAUUCCCUCCGCGUUGUUCCCAGACUCGGUGUUGCGUAAUCGACUUCAGGCACACUUCUUGUACUUGUUGGUUGACAAUUACUAUUUGAGCGGGCUCAACGGCAAUGGCAACAUCUGGGACUUGACACCUCAAGAGCUUCUUCUAGCCUGUUUGGAGAGAAACUUGGUCGAAGACACCAAAGAAGCGGCUAGGAUAUUCGGCAAUGGAACCCCAGAGGAGUUGAGCAAAUUCAUGGAUGUUAUGCGGCUCGAUCUUUUGUUGUUCAUCGCCAAUUUUGAGCUGUGCAAUGUCGGAUACUUGGCAGUGAAGAGUAUGCUUCCCGAGACGGAGACCGAGGCAGUGCUCGAAUGGAGACGCUAG